CCACCAGAAGGUCCAGCUGCAGGUCCACCAGAAGGUCCUCUUCACUGUGUUCUAACCUUCUUCUGACCAGUUCUCCCAUUUAUGGAGGUUAAAGUUCACGCUGUUGGCUUCCAGCCCAGUGUUCCAUGUUUUUAGGAGGAAUUAUCACGUUAACUGUUUGUGUUAUUCUCUGAUGAAGACAACGUACCAGAGCUACUGACGUCUACGUCUCUGUUCCCUCAGUCCUGCUAGUGAUGGAACCAGGCUCACCGUUUACCUGCCAGGUAAACAGAGACAGGUAAACAGGAACCAGGAAGUAACGAAGCAAAGCGUCAGAGGACACUCCAGGUGUCCCUCCCACAUGUGAUCACUGGUGUCCUGCUAGCAGCGCUAACGUGUCUCACUUUAGUGAUAACAACCUUUGGGUGAACAAUGAGUCCCACAUCAGGCUGUCCCACAUCCAGGCUGUCCCACUUCAGGCUGUCCCACAUCCAGCUGUCCCACAACCAGAUGUCCCAUUUCAGACUGUCCCACACCAGGCUGUCCCACAGCCAGCUGUCCCAUUUCAGGCUGUCCCACAUCCAGCUGUCCCACUUCAGACUGUCCCACAACCAGAUGUCCCACAUCCAGCUGUCCCACAACCAGAUGUCCCAUUUCAGACUGUCCCACACCAGGCUGUCCCACAGCCAGCUGUCCCAUUUCAGGCUAUCCCACAUCCAGGUGUCCCAUACCAGACUGUCCCACAUCCAGCUGUCCCACUUCAGGCUGUCCCACAGCCAGCUGUCCCAUAUCAGGCUGUCCUACUUCAGGCUGUCCCACAGCCAGCUGUCCCACUUCAGGCUGUCUCAUUUCAGGCUGUCCCACACCAGGCUGUCCCACAGCCAGCUGUCCCAUUUCAGGCUGUCCCACAUCCAGGUGUCCCAUACCAGACUGUCCCACAUCCAGCUGUCCCACUUCAGGCUGUCCCACAGCCAGCUGUCCCAUAUCAGGCUGUCCUACUUCAGGCUGUCCCACAGCCAGCUGUCCCACCUUAGGCUGUCCCACAUCAGGCUGUCCCAUGUCAUAGGUUCUCUGAGGCGUUUAGGUUCUCUAAAGCGUUUAGGUUCUCUGAGGCGUUUAGGUUCUCUGAGGCGUUUAGGUUCUCUGAGGCGUUUAGGUUCUCUAAAGAGUUUAGGUUCUCUGAGGCGUUUAGGUUCUCUGAGGCGUUUAGGUUCUCUAAAGCGUUUAGGUUCUCUGAGGCGUUUAGGUUCUCUGAGGCGUUUAGGUUCUCUGAGGCGUUUAGGUUCUCUAAAGCGUUUAGGUUCUCUGAGGCGUUUAGGUUCUCUGAGGCGUUUAGGUUCUCUGAGGCGUUUAGGUUCUGUAAAGCAUUUAGGUUCUCUGAGGCGUUUAGGUUCUCUGAGGCGUUUAGGUUCUCUAAAGCGUUUAGGUUCUCUGAGGCGUUUAGGUUCUCUAAAGCGUUUAGGUUCUCUGAGGCGUUUAGGUUCUCUAAAGCGUUUAGGUUCUCUAAAGCGUUUAGGUUCUCUGAGGCGUUUAGGUUCUCUGAGGCGUUUAGGUUCUCUGAGGCGUUUAGGUUCUCUAAAGCGUUUAGGUUCUCUGAGGCGUUUAGGUUCUCUAAAGCGUUUAGGUUCUCUGAGGCGUUUAGGUUCUCUAAAGCGUUUAGGUUCUCUAAAGCGUUUAGGUUCUCUAAAGCGUUUAGGUUCUCUGAGGCGUUUAGGUUCUCUGAGGCGUUUAGGUUCUCUGAGGCGUUUAGGUUCUCUAAAGCGUUUAGGUUCUCUAAAGCGUUUAGGUUCUCUGAGGCGUUUAGGUUCUCUAAAGCGUUUAGGUUCUCUAAAGCGUUUAGGUUCUCUGAGGCGUUUAGGUUCUCUGAGGCGUUUAGGUUCUCUAAAGCGUUUAGGUUCUCUAAAGCGUUUAGGUUCUCUAAAGCGUUUAGGUUCUCUGAGGCGUUUAGGUUCUCUAAAGCGUUUAGGUUCUCUGAGGCGUUUAGGUUCUCUGAAGCGUUUAGGUUCUCUAAAGCGUUUAGGUUCUCUAAAGCGUUUAGGUUCUCUAAACGGUUUAAAGAGUUAAUUUCUAUGAAUGGACUAACGAAGACGUUGAAUCCAGCUGGGACCACCAGGUAAACCCACCAGGUAAACCCACCUGAGAUGUUUCCUGCU